AUGGAGGAUACUGUGGAAGGACAUACGUGCAAGACGUGUCGAGGACCGGAUUCUGAGCAUAUGGUUCAAUGUGACAGAUGCGAUGGAUGGUACCAUUUCUCCUGUGUGGGCGUAUCGGAAGAAGUUGCUGACAAGAGUUGGAGUUGCACUAACUGCGUUACCGCGAAUUGGGUCCAGCGAACUAAGACAGCUUUGGAAGAAAGUGCCAGACAAGGAAACGAGAACCACGAUCGAAGGUCAACUAGAAGCCAGCCAGUUGGAAACAUCGCGACAAGCACCCGCGUCAACCCAGUGAUUUCUCCAACGGUAUUCCAGAAGCCAACUUCAUCUGAGCCAGUUCCAGCCUACAGCGGUGGUGGUCAAAUAGCUGUGCCGGGUGCAGCAGCCGAACAAGCCAAGCCUGACCGACAGCAGCAGCAAUCAGCACUGUCAGCUGGUGGUAUCGAUGCAAGAAAAGUAGUUCCAUUACGAGAAACAGAAAAAGCACUGUCAGAGAUUUCCGUCUCUUCGUCGCAGAAGUCUGCAGUGCAGCGCGCAAAGUUACAGUUAAUGCGACUGGAGGAAGAGCGACAGUUUCAGCAGCAGCAAGAAGAACGUCGACGAGCUGUGGAAGAGCGAGCAGCGCAGGAGCAUCAACAGUAUUUGGAGAGGAAGUAUCGCCUGCUGGAAGAAGUCGUGAGCGAGAAGGGAAGUCGGAGUCGCAGCGAGGCUUCGAGUCGGAUCAACGAUUGGGUUAAAGAGGCUAGCCAAGUACAACGGACAAUCAUGCCAGAGGUGGAUAGUUCCAACGUGGGGCGUCGUCAAGCUCCUCAAAGUGGCGUAGAACCAGCCCAAGCUAUUGAGCAGUUCGGGGAACCUCGUGUUCGAUUUGAGGCCAGUGCCAACACGGGACAUUUCAAUGCGCAGGCUGGUCAGCGAUCCAGUCAUUGCCCUCAGAUUCAGCAGUCAGAUCCUGAAUUUGCCAGUCACUACAGACAGACAGGACAAACGAUGCCGAUGCAUCCUUCCGGCCAGCAAGUCGGAAUAUCCUCGAGAUACCCUCAGUCAAGUUUUAUACCAGCGCCAGCUACGUUCAAUACCAACAGGAGAGUCAUAUCGCAACAAUCUGCGAUUCUCAGGCCCCCCUUCAACUCUACUUCCUUCGACGGACAAGUAUUGGCUCCACCGGCGUGUUCUACUGGUUUUCACCCUCGGAAUCCUCGGGAUAGUGUCUGUGCAUCAAACCACGGAAUGUACGACGACGAGUUCCAGCUCUCACGCUCGCAAGUGGCAGCCAGACAAGCAGUUCCACGAGAUCUACCGCCGUUUAAUGGGAAUCCGGAGGAGUGGCCAGUGUUCCUGUCGAUGUACAACCGUACGACCGCGAUGUGUGGAUUUACCGACGAGGAAAACAUAGUCCGACUGCAGAAGAGCCUGAAAGGCAAAGCCUACGAGGCAGUCAAGAGCCGUCUGAUACAUCCAGAAAAUGUUCCGGGCAUACUGUCUACCUUAAAGAUGCUGUUCGGACAACCCGAAGUCAUCGUCCAAUCGCUAAUUGAAAAAGUUAGCUCUCUACCAGCAAUUCGCGAAGAAAGGCUAGACACUCUGGUCGAUUUCGCUGUACACGUGCAAAACUUUUGCGCUACAGUAGACGCCUGUGGACUGCAGGAGUACAUGUACAACAUCUCGCUCCUUCAUCAGUUGGUUGGCAAGCUACCUCCCUCGCUUAAACUCAAUUGGGCGCAGCAUCGACUAACGGUGCAAACGGUCAACCUGGCGACCUUCAGUGGGUGGAUCUACGCACUAGCGGAGGCCGCAAGCGUCGUUACUUUUCCGUCACCAGCUCAUCUCGAAAAAUCUGCCCGAACUGAAACUCGAGGCACCAAGAAAGGAAAUGGGUAUCUCAACGCCCAUUCCGAGACUCCGUCCGAAGAUUGCAACGAGAUUCCUUCAACGAGACCAGUUUGUCCAAUCCGUAAAGAGAAUUGCAAAUCCGCUGAUAAGUGCAAACGAUUCUUGGAGCUCUCCAGAGACUCACGAUGGGCCGCUGUAAGAGAAUUCGGAUUUUGCCGUACCUGUCUCCGAGUGCAUAAGGGAAGCUGCUUUGCCAAACCAUGUGGCAGAAACGGGUGCGCCUUCCGACAUCACGAGUUAUUACACAAUGAUUCUAAGGAGAAGCCACAGAUUUCCACAACCGAAAGUGCGAACACUGCGUCAGCUCCACCUAGUCUGAAUUCGUCCGACUGCAAUACUCAUCGGACAGUUGUUAGCUCAGUCCUGUUCCGAUACUUACCAGUUGUGUUGUACGGAAAAACAGGAACAGUGCAUACAUAUGCCUUUAUCGAUGAGGGCUCUGAGCUUACUCUACUCGACCAAGAGAUCGCCGACAAGCUGCAGUUGGAAGGUGCCGAACGUCCGCUAUGCUUGCGAUGGACCGGCGGGACCGAACGAUGGGAAACGAACUCCCGUAUCUACAACCUUCAAAUUGCUGGCGCAAAGGAAGGUAACAAACGCUUCGACCUGAACGAUGUACGAACGGUAAAAGACUUGAUGCUGCCGCAGCAAACGCUGGAUAUGUGCAAACUAUCCGAGCAGUUCCAACAUCUCCGAGGACUGCCGAUCGAUUCGUACCGUGAUAUACGUCCUCGAAUCUUGAUAGGAACGAAGCAUGCACAUCUUGGCCUCGCGCUGAAAAACCGUGAAGGAGAAUUUGGACAGCCCAUUGCAGUCAAGUCACGACUGGGAUGGACGAUUUGCGGUGGAUCGGGACCAACUCGUGGAACAAACCUACACCAUUACAGUUUCCACAUUUGUCCUUGUAACAAUACAGAGGACGACGAUCUGCACCAGGCGAUGAAGAACUACUUCUCCUUUGACAGCCUUGGGCUAACCAAAACAAACCAUCCGCAUAUGCCCAUCGAAGAUCAGCGUGCGCUCUCUUUGCUGCAGUUACUCACCCGGCGAAAAGAAGAGCGCUUCGAAUCCGGGCUGCUCUGGCGGUACGACGAUGUCCGUCUGCCGGACAGUCAAUCUAUGGCUAUGCGCAGAUUCGAAUGUUUGAAAAAACGGAUGGUAAAAGAACCGGAGCUGCAGGUGAUUUUGCAAGCCAAGAUCGCUGAAUAUACGGCAAAAGGAUAUAUUCGAAAGCUUAGUGAGGAGGAAAUCAACCGAAAGGUCCCUCGGCGGUGGUACCUACCCGUUUUUCCCGUAACCAACCCCAACAAACCUGGGAAGGUACGCAUAGUAUGGGACGCAGCGGCCAGCGCCCACGGAACAUCACUAAACUCAGUUCUCUUAAAAGGGCCGGAUAUGUUGUGCUCUCUCCUCGCGAUCCUUCUACAGUUUCGAGAGCGUCGCAUCGGGCUAACUGGUGACAUUCGUGAAAUGUUUCACCAGGUGCUGAUUAGAGAAGAAGACCAACUCUGUCAGCGUUUCUUCUGGAUGAGCGAACGUGGUGAUACGGAGGUAUACGCCAUGCAGGUAAUGACGUUCGGAGCUUGCUGCUCACCGACUACAGCGCAGUUCGUGAAGAAUACCAACGCCGAUAGAUUUGUCAACGAAUACCCAAUAGCGCAUCAAGUCAUUACGAAGUCACACUACGUCGACGACAUGCUUUCUAGUGUUGAUACCGAGGAGCAAGCUAUUCAGUUAGCCAAAGACGUGAGAUACGUUCACCAGCAGGGCGGUUUUGAAAUACGAAACUGGGUUAGCAACUCCAAAACCGUUCUCUCUGCUUUGCAAGGGGAGAAUACCGACGAGAAAUGCCUCGAUAUGUCCACUGAGCUAGCCACUGAAAAGGUAUUAGGCAUGUGGUGGAAUACGAAUGAUGAUGUCUUCAUUUACAAAGUCGGAUGGAGCCGAUAUGACUCCCCACUCCUAGCAGGCCAACGACGACCAACGAAGCGAGAAGUUCUGCGUGUCUUGAUGACCAUCUUCGAUCCACUAGGAUUGAUUUGCCAUUUCCUCUCAUAUCUGAAGAUCCUGCUCCAAGAUAUCUGGCGAUCUGGCGUACAGUGGGACGAGGAGAUAGCUAAUGAAGAAUACGAAAAGUGGCUCACAUGGUUGAAAGUUCUUCCUCGCGUCGAAAACGUGCGGAUUUCUAGGUGUUAUAACUCGGACUAUCUCGAAACCGAUAACCUCCAGCUCCAUACGAUGGUUGAUGCCAGCGAAAACAGCGCAGCCGCUGUUUGUUAUCUACGUUUCACCAGGGACGAUUCUAUCCGUUGCUCUAUUGUUGCAGCGAAAAGCCGAGUCGCACCGAUAAAGUUCACCUCGAUAACUAGACUGGAAUUAAUUGCCGCAGUCAUCGGCGCUCGCUUAGCACGAUCAGUCGAGGAAUCGCUAACGUUCCGGAUCCACAAGAAGCUGUACUGGUCUGAUUCUAGGGAUGUCCUCUGCUGGAUACACUCGGACCAUCGUCGAUAUAGUCAGUUCGUCGGUCACAGAGUCAGCGAAAUCCUCGAAACCUCCGAGCCACACGAAUGGCGGUGGGUGCCUGGUAAGCAAAAUCCUGCCGACGAUGCCACAAAGUGGAGUAGCAUUCCGGAGUUAUCAUCUGAAGACAGGUGGUUUAAAGGCGCCGAUUUCCUUUGGCGUACUGAAGAAGAAUGGCCGGCAUCAUCGAUUAAAAAUUACGCCACGGAGACCGAACUCCGCCCUUCCCUACUGGCGCAUCACACCCCACUAGACCCUUUCAUCUGCGUCAAUGAGUUCUCGAGUUGGGAGAGAUUACGCAGGGUAGUCGCAUAUGUUCAUCGCUUCGUCACUAACUGUCGUCAGACCCGCUCUGGAAACUCGACGACCACCGGGCCGUUUUCUGCGCACGAACUCAUAACCGCCGAGUGUACGCUUAUUCGUCUCGCUCAGUUCGAAUGCUUUCCCGACGAAGUCUCGGUUCUUAAAAUGCCAUCCCCAAGCGAAGACGCACCCACGAGAACCGUCCCCAAGACCAGUAAUUUGUUUCAACUGACACCAUGGCUGGACAGCAAUGGGAUCAUGCGAAUGCGAAGCCGCAUCGCGGCAUGUCACUACGCCACCGAGGAUGCCAAACAGCCCAUAAUACUCGCCCAAAAGCACCACACCACCAGCCUGAUCGUCAGACAUUAUCACUGCAAAUACCAUCACCUUAACCACGAAACGGUGAUCAAUGAGAUCAGGCAGAAAUAUCAAAUUCCGCGCUUGCGCGUCUGUUACCAACAAGUUCGUAAAGCCUGCCAGACGUGUAAGAACAACCACGCAGCACCAACUCCACCGUACAUGGCCGACCUUCCACCCGCCCGCCUUGAAGCUUUUUCACGGCCAUUCACCCACACCGGGGUCGAUUACUUCGGUCCAAUCGAAGUCACCAUCGGAAGAAGAGUCGAGAAGCGCUGGGGGAUGUUAGCCACAUGUCUGACCGUCCGAGCGAUCCAUCUAGAGGUCGUACAUUCCCUUAGCGCGAGCUCGUGCAUCAUGGCGCUCCGAAACUUCAUGGCACGUCGUGGCACACCUCGGAAGAUCUACAGCGAUCGUGGAACGAACUUCGUGGGAGCAAAUCGAGAGCUACUGCAGCUAUACGAAGCAGUUAACCAGCACGCGCUCAUGACGGAGUUUGCCGAUUCAGGAGUUGAAUGGGUCUUCAAUCCACCUCUCUCACCGCACAUGGGCGGUAGCUGGGAAAGGCUAAUCCGCACCGUAAAGAACAACCUCACAGCAGUGUGUUCGUCGGCAAGGCAGUCCGACGAGGUAUUGAGAAACUUACUCACAGAAGUAGAAAAUAUCGUAAAUUCGAGGCCACUAUCCCACGUACCGAUAGACGAGGACUCGGCCCCAGCGCUGACACCAAACCACUUCCUUCUCGGAUCGUCGAACGGAUGCAAACCGCUUACCAACUUGGACUACAGCGGAGCAGCACUUCGUCAGAACUGGCUGACGUCCCAGGUUCUGGCAAACCUUUACUGGCGGCGGUGGGUGUCAGACUACCUACCGGAAAUCACCCGCAGAACCAAGUGGUUUGAACGACCCAAGCCCAUAUCCAUUGGAGAUGUAGUGGUCAUUGCCGACCCAAAUAUGCCCCGCAACUGUUGGCCGAAGGGGAAAAUAAUCGGUACCAGAGUCAGUGUAGAUGGCCAGGUUCGAUCAGCUACUGUGAGGACAACAAGAGGUAUCUACGAGCGCCCAGCGACAAAAUUGGCAGUCCUAGAUGUCCAACGCGUCGAUAAGUAAGCCAACCGGAAGUUUGCGUACCGUGGGGGAGUGUUGGCCUACCCCAUUAGGCCAGCGCGCACAUCUAUAGACACGGUAUCUACACUGUUCGUUACCACACGAGCGCUGCGAUGGAUGACAUGGGAGUGACAGGUAUACGACCUGUCACCGGGUGAGUCUACGAGGAGAUGACAAAAACGAACUGUGUUAUGCAGAUGUGUAGUGAUAAAUCUCUCCCUAAAAUUAGCUUAUUUCUAUUAUGCCCCUUGAAUUAGAACCUAAAAUAAGUGAAUUUUAAAUACUAUUUUCCCCAUCCAUAAUUUCAACGCUGAAUUGGUAAGAUUAGUUCCGUUAAAAGUGCUUUACAUCAGUUCUAAUAUUGACUUGUAUUAGGUAACCUAAAUCACACAACAUCUCCCUCCCAUUGAAUUUCGCCCAGAGCAACCAAAUCACUAUCGAUCCCGAUCUGUAACAAAACUCGUCUAGAUCACGACACAUAAGGGAACUAAACGUAAGUAAAAAUGAUAAUCAAUUUAAUUCACUGUUACCAUAUAUUGGACUGCCUGUAUGUUGCUAGACAGGGGUUCACAAAUCAAUCUUCACGUAGCAUUUGUUCAAUAUUGUUAGUUAUUCCUAAAAUCGAAUGAUUGUAAUUCUAAGAUGAUCCGUAUUUCCCUUUAGGAAAAUUAUAUUCUCUACGUUAUUACCACAAACCGGAUCGCGUGUUCUUAUUUCACUUCCGGUGGAGAAUCAUAAUUCCGGAAAAUCCCUCACGUUGGACCAGAUCCAACAUACUG